CAUGGCCACGUUGGUGCAUGCCAUCAAUCACCAAGCACAUGGUGAAUGGAACCCACGCUAAGGCAUCUCGGUGAUUGGUGGCAUGCACUGAUAUGAUAAUGCAUUCGAUAAUUUUUCUCAAAGAUUGGUUGCCAGUUAUCUCCAAAUAAAAUAAGAUGAAGUGCAACUAUUAAAAUACCGGUUUCAUUUAUCAACUACCAGACCAUGGCAGGCUCGCCCAUCGAUAUCCAUAUUCGGGAUUAUAGAAUAUAGGAAGCCAUUGGAGUUUGGGGAGGGGAAGGGGAACAGGAACAAACGGGAGACGACAGCACGUACGGCGUUUCCCACGCUAUAUUCCUCGAAGACCCAUGGUUUGACUACGUCUUUCGGCAAACCACAGCCAGCCACGUGUCCUUUCCCGCGUCGCCAGAGAGUCGGCGGCCGUCCCUAGGCGGAGGUCGCCAUCUUUAAUGCCCCGGGGCGAGACCAUUCGGGACCUCUGCUCUGUUGUUUGGAUCAUUCUGUAGUCGUUUCCGGAGUCCAAGCGACCCUUUUUUGUUGUUCUACUGUUCAACCCUGAGUGGCUGGAGGCCGAAGCAAGUGAUCUGAGACGGUUUGGAUUGGUGGGGUUUUGGUUUGGCGCAAUUGGAGUGGGAUUUAAAGAGGAUUUGGUGGUCGUUUCUGGGGAUCACUGCCACCUUUUAUCCGUGUUUGAAUCUGCUUCCAGCGGUGUCAUUGUAGCUUACAUUUGAUUCCUUGGUGAGGUUAUCUAAGUCGGUCAUUUUGGGAUUAGCAGGAAGAGAAAUAGCUUUCUUCAGUUACUGGUUUGGGUGAAUCGAUUGAGAGGGAGAUUAUAGAUUCUGAAUCAGUAUCAGCAAGAAGAAGCACAGUUGUUGCACAAAUGAGCUUUAGAAAUGACAAAGGGAAAAAGGUGUUUCCAUCUUUUUUCCCAAAAAUUUGUGGGAUGAGAGAGAUGAAAGCAUCAAAGAGAAAUGAGCUCUCACUCGACUCCUCUGCAGUUGAUUUUGGAGCAUGCCGAUCUUUCUCCAAAAGUGCGUCUCCUGCUCUCAGGAAAAGCUUUUCUGAAACAGAUACUAAUUCAAGGCUAGCAAGCUUAAGUUUCAACGAAUUCUCUUCCUCCUUACAAGACAUUGUAAAUACCCAGGCCUUCAGGGUAUUUGUUGCCACAUGGAAUGUUGGAGGAAAACCACCUCAUAGUGGGCUAAACCUUAAUGAUUUUAUUCCUGCUGAUGAUCAUUCAGAUAUGUAUGUACUUGGUUUCCAGGAAAUAGUCCCUCUGAAUGCUGGAAAUGUGCUUGUUAUAGAAGAUAAUGAACCAGCAGGGAAAUGGUUAGCUCUAAUCAGCCAAGCACUGAACAGACCAACAGAGGCUGAUGCUGAUACUUGCACACAAACCCCAUCUCCAUACACCAACCCUUCUUCUCAAGAUUCUAGUUUGAAUUCUUCUGUUUCUAGAGAUCUAAGCAAUACCGGUGGUUCAUUAUCCUUCCAAAAGCAAUCGAUAAAAUCUGUCCGCAAAACUUUCACGACACAGCAGGGAAGACAGCAAAAGACCUGCAAAUGUGCAUCGGAGGUGACAGGAAAGUACUACCGAGAUUCUUGUUUCAGAUGCCCCACAGCUUAUAUUAGUGAUGAUGACUCCUCAGAUGAGGAAGAGGAGGUAUCACGCACUUUUGCAGUCGCAGACAUAGCUGCUGCAGUCUCUACUACAGAUAAGCAACUACAGUAUAUCCUCAUAGCUAGCAAGCAGAUGGUAGGGAUCUUUGUCACUGUUUGGGUGAGAAGAGAACUAGUCCAACAUAUAGGCCAUCUGAGACUCUCUUGUGUUGGGCGUGGAAUCAUGGGCUAUCUUGGUAACAAGGGAUGUAUAUCAGUGAGCAUGUCUUUGCAUCGGACAAGCUUUUGUUUUGUUUGCAGUCACUUGACUUCAGGGGAGAAAGAAGGGGAUGAGCUCAGGAGAAACUCCGAUGUUAUAGAAAUAUUAAAGAACACACAUUUCCGAAAGAUAUGCAGAAGUAGUAGUCGAAGAAUUCCUCAGAGAAUUCUUGAACAUGACCGGGUCAUAUGGUUAGGGGAUUUGAAUUACAGAAUUGCCUUGAGCUACUCUGAGACCAGGAAGCUUCUUGAAGAUAACAAUUGGGAUGCUCUUCUUGAGAAGGAUCAGCUGAAAAUUGAAAGAGAAGCCGGACGAGUGUUCAAGGGGUGGAAUGAAGGGAAAAUCUAUUUUGCUCCAACAUACAAAUACUCCAAUAAUUCAGAUGCUUAUGCUGGGGAGACUGUAACAUCAAAGAAGAAAAGAAGAACACCGGCAUGGUGUGAUCGCAUACUAUGGCAUGGUGAUGGGAUUGUGCAGUUGUCUUACAUCCGUGGCGAGUCGAGAUUUUCUGAUCAUCGCCCAGUGUGUGCAGUUUUCAGAGUGGAG